AAAUUUACUUAGUUCAUUAAAAACCGCUUUCCAGGCAAUAAGUUUUUACAUAAAUAUAAUUUGAUAAAGAAAACAUUGGCAUUUACUAAAAUUCUAUUAUAUUAGGCCUUGUAAAAAAGUGUCACAAUUAAGUACAUAUUUAUAUUGUACUCGUUACAAUAAAUAAGUAUUCGCGUACAGAUAAGUACUGGUUAUCAGUUAAUUAUAUUCAAAAUUGAAUUAAUACCAGGCAAUUCUAAUAUAUUCUUCAGAAUUCGUAAAUGGUUCAAAGUGCGCGAACGCAUCGCCCGUAAAACAUCAAAAUAACCAACUAAUUUUCGAAUCAAUAUUUACAAAUCGCGUAUAACGAAAAAUAUUUUUAAUCAAAAGGAUAUAAAUAGUAAUCAGGAUGCCUAAUGCUGAAUUGCGUAAACGAAAGAAUAAGCAGCACAAUGAUAGGCCAAAUAAAGUCAGCACGAAGAAGAGGAAAGACAAAACAGUAUCUGGAAUACACACGUCCCUUUUAUGUUUAAUUUUAAGCGCCUCAAUAUUUACAUUAUUUAUAAUUUUAUACACAGACCAAAUACCAUGGUUAAUAGGCCACAGAGCCAUCGAUACAAUUGCCAAACGAGUGCUGGGAUACCACAAGCCCGUAUACGCUGUUGUCGUAGAUGCUGGAAGUACCGGCUCCAGGGUGCUGGCUUACACCUUUCACGAGUCCUAUUUUGGAAACCAUUUAAUGCUAGACAAAGAACUAUUUGAAUACCUUAAACCAGGCCUUUCGUCUUUCGCAAAAGAACCCAAAAAGGGAGCUGCAACUAUCGAAACGCUUUUAGAGAAAGCCAAAAACGAAAUUCCGCAGGAAUAUUGGUCUAAAACUCCAGUCGUACUACGAGCAACAGCCGGAUUGAGGAUGUUACCUUCAGAACAAUCUGAAAAACUAUUACAAACUGUCAAAGGGGUGUUCAAAAAAUCCCCAUUCUUAACAAACGAUAACGCAGUCGAGAUUAUGGACGGCACCGAUGAAGGGAUAUUCUCUUGGUUUACAGUAAAUUUCUUGCUAGAAAGAUUCAAUGGCGAUCCUGCCAAUACGGUAGCAGCUUUGGACUUGGGUGGAGGCUCGACUCAAGUGACAUUCGCCGCCAUGACGCCGGCCAGUCUGAAGCAAAAGGACAGCAUUCAAAUGGUGGGGUCUCCAGGAGGCCAGAUGCCCGUCUACACUAACAGUUUCGCGGGAUUGGGGCUCAUGGCGGCUAGACACUCCGUGAUUACUUUGAACCAGGGCGAUGCCAUUAAUGUUACCAGCGAAUGCGUCAAUCCUAUCAUUAAGAAUAAGAAGUUCCUUUAUCACGGUACUGAGUAUUUUGUAUCCGGUUUACAAGAAAACUUCCCGACAUCGAACGUGAAGGGCAAUAGCAUAAAAGUCGGUGAAACUAUUCCUAUAGUUAAUUUUCAAGAUUGCUCGAAAAUAUUGAGUGAUUAUGUGAGAUCAAAGGCGAGCCCUCCGGAAGAGUUACCGUUGAAAACCAUCUUCGCUUUCAGUUACUACUUUGACAGGGCUACCGAAGUGGGAUUAAUCGAGGAAACUUCAGGUGGAAAUGUUCUAUUAAGAGACUUUAAGAACGUCGCUGAGAAAACGUGUCAUGAAGCUAAUGUAGAACAACCAUUCAUGUGCCUAGAUUUGACCUUUAUUUGGGUGCUUCUAAAUGAGGGUUUCGGGCUAAAGGAAACCAGCAAAAUAUUUUUGCAUAAGAAAAUCAACGGUCACGAGAUCAGCUGGGCCUUGGGGGCGGCGUACGAUUUACUGAGGGGCGAGAAAAAGAUUUAAAUUUAUCGAAUGUAUUAAUGUACAAUGAGUGAUUGCACUUUGUUAUAUUAGUAUCAAUUUUCUAUUUAAUAUUUGAAAAGACACAAUUGAAUUUGGUGCAGUUUUUACGAUGUUUCAGCAACGAAUUAGAUAAAAUAUAUAUCGUAAUUUUAUUACAAUGACUGUCAUCGAUUGUUCAGUAUUAUUCACAUACUCACAUUCCUAUUUACGAGUGAAAUUUAUUCCCUUCAUUAGAAGAAACUUUAUCAAAUGAUAGCGCAAAAUUCUUUAAAAUUUGUUAACACGUAAACACUGUCAACCAAAGAAUGUUCCCCAAUAUUAAUGAUACCUCAGUAAUCCUAAACGAAACUAGUAGAUAAAAAUCGCUUAAAUUAUAAUAAUUGGUACAUUAUUUAUUGAUUUUGGCGAUACUGUCGAUCGUUUCCUCCUCUCUUUUACGAUUUGUGAAUUAGUAAUCUCCAUUAGUUGAUGACAUUGACGACGCUGGCAGAGCAAUAAUUUUCGAACUUCUAGAAAAACUCAAGAAUAUUUUUGUACUUACCGAAGGUAGCUGAUUUACUCGAAUGUAAAUUGGCAAUUAUUAUUCAAGAAAUUAUCUUAUAUGAUAGAAUAAAAUUUUUACAAUCGCCUGCUAAUUGGAAAAUUUGAUAAUUAUGCUUAGAUAUUCGAUCCAUCGUUAAUAAUUCUUUCAAAUUCGAUAUUUUGUUUGUCCAAAAAAAUUUAUUGUUAUCAUUAAAGAGAUUUUAAACUAAUAAAAUCCGUUGUUUAGGAGUAAUGAUUCGUUACUAAUGAAUUAAUAAUUUUUACGUGUACGUUACGACCGCAAAAUUGGCGUAAUUAGAGUCGACAUGCAAAAUUUUAUGUUUUUGAUUAGAGGUUAAGAUAAUUUACGUUUCGUUAAAGACUUAUUUUCUAUAAAUUAUUUACUUGAAAGGCAAUUAUUUACUUUUUAUAAUUUUACCCAUUGUGUAUGCUUUGAUUUGUUUCAAAGGGUACUUAUUUUGCUCGAGACUUUGAACUACAUUUAAUUUAUCAAACAAAUACUAUUUGAAUCCAAUUGCUUGACUUCUUAUUUUAACCAAUGAUUUGUUUUAAUUGGAUAAAAGUUACUAUGUAAUGAAUUUUUAUUUUAAUAUUUUUUUAUAAUUUACCAAAUUAGUGCUUCUUGAUGGGGUUUUACUUAUUUUUUACGUUUGCUAUACAAAUGCGUUUUUACAUUGGAUUUAAAUGUAACGAUAUAUUUUUCAAAUAUCAAUACGUAUUGUACAUUUCGUUCUAAAAUCGAAAAUUGAUACUCUGUAAAUUUCGUUAUCGACAUGAAAAUGUGCCUUAUCUUAUACAUUACCUUUUUUUUUGUUUUGUUAUGUUUAUUGGCUGUGCAAUAAUUCCAUUCGUUUAGAUGUACGUCAAUAAUUACAAAUAAAUGUUUUUUUUUUUCUGUAA